AUGUACGAAGAAAUGCUACCGGAUAGACGAUGGGACAAAAGAGUCUUAUUUUUAAUUUCCGACCGAGAACCCGUUAAGAAGAAAUGCCUCUACGCGAUAAGAAGAGACGAAGGAAAGCACUUCAAGGUAACUGAAAAUACAAAGAUAUGCUCCCAGCAUUUCAGGAAAGGUUAUAUUAGAAAUGUCACGCAGUCAAAAAUGAAUUAAGAGAUGGAGUUGUCCCUUCUGUGUUUUCAUGGAUUCGAACAUCGCCACGCAAGGGAAAGGAGCCGGCGGAAAGAAACUUCGAGCUGACAGCUUCGAAAAGUGCAUCACGAAAAUUGUCUACCCCAGCUGUUGUUCUUGAAGAAUUAUCAAAUGAAUCGUCAAACGAAUUAUCAAACGAAAUGGUUCUAGAUCUACCAGAUUGUAGCUUAAAAGUCGAAGACGAAACACAGACUGAUUUUACCGACCAGGAGGCCUACUUGAGAGAAAUUAUUGACAACAAUAACGAGAAGAUUCAUAAACUCGAACAGGAAAUUUAG